AUGGAUUCAACCUUGAAACCAUUGUCUCUUCUUUCUCAAACACUAAUCCUUUUAGCCUUUUCCCAGAUUGUAAUCCUACCAAAUGCAGAAAUCAGUUCAGAUUACAGUACCUUCAUGUACAAGAACUGCACAAGCCAAACAUUUUCAGAUUCAACCAAUUAUCACUCUGAAUCCCUUUCCUACUUUUUCCAAGAACUCAUAACGAAAUCCACUCGAGAAAAAUUUUACAAAACUACCACAGGUGAUGAUAACAAUGGCAUUUCAGGCCUCUUUCAAUGCCGAGGUGAUCUAAGCAACAACGAAUGCAACAAAUGCAUAGCCUUACUUCCUGAAAUGUCAAACACUCUGUGUAAUAAAGCUGUUUCGGCCCGGAUUCAGCUACAUGGCUGCUAUGUUCACUAUAAAGCUGAUGAGUUCAUUGAGGAAAGUUCUAAUUAUGAGUUGCUUCACAAGAUUUGUGAUGAGAAAAAAGCUGUGGCUCUUGGCUUUGAAGAGGUGAGGGAUGCAGCAUUUGCAGCUGUGGAAAGUGGUGUGACAGAUGGGGAUGGAUAUUUUAAAGAAAAUUAUGAACUGAUGCAGGUCAUUGCACAGUGUGAAGGGGAUUUGAGACCUUGUGAUUGUGGUAAAUGUGUGAAUAUUGCAGCUCAGAUUGCUCAGGAAGAGUGUGGCAGCUCACUUUCAGGCCAAAUUUAUUUGGACAACUGUUUUAUUACCUAUGGUUACUAUCCAGAUGGGAUACCAGAUAACUUAAACCAAGGAAGAUCAGAAGGCAAAAACCAUACAGGUAAAUUGACAGCAAUUGUGUUGGGAGGAGCAGCAGCUUUGUUGAUUGGCUACAUAUUCUUGAUGUCUUGCAAGAAAUUAGGAAAGAAGGGUGAUGAAAGGCUUGAUCCACUUUGA